AUGGAACACAGCAAUGGCGAAAUAUGGCGGACUCAUAAACAGAUCGAAGAGCUCGCCCUUAACCGCGAGGAGCACCCCUCGUGGUUAUGCCUUUCGGGUACCGGUGAGAAGACCGGCUGCGAGGCAAUCCUGCUCGUGGAUUGUUCGGCGCUCGAGAUGGACAACACCGACAUCCUUCAAGACUCCCAUGGUCCCUACUUUCUCUUCUGUCAUGGCAAGUCGGGCUGUGGCCACGUGCGAGUUGAUAUGGGAAACACUCUCAAAUAUUGCGCCGACUUCAAUAAGUUCAACAUUGAUUUUGAACAUCUAGGAGGCGCAGUCAAGCUGGCCAAGAGUAUUGCAAGUGUGAUUGACGAGCUAUAUCCUGGAUGCUUUGGCCCCCACAGCAAGGCAUUGCACUUCAAGUUCCUCUGGCAGAGGGUUCUCGACCACGUGUUGAACACGGAGCAUCGGCCGACCCCGAUAGGCGUCAUAGGGUUUACCGGAUCGGAAGACUGCGAGAAGGCUGGAGAUGGGCUGUUUCUGUACCUGUGGAAGCGCGCAUGGUCAACCAGGAACAUACACGACCAGUUAGAGCCCCUGUCGCAGACCGUAGACGUCCCGUGGUACCAGCGCAGGUCCGACAACAGGAAACCAAGACUACUCACUAUUACCGAUAAGCGCCUAUGUAAGAUCAGAAGCCUUUGUGUCGCAGGGGACGGUAAGGAAGAACAUUACAAAGCAACUUGGAACAAAAUACGCCGGUCAGAGCGAGCGGAAGACAACAUGGCGAGACAGGAAAGGUUGGAUCAUCUAGGUGCAGCACUGCGUAGGGCAGAUCCGACACUGGUGAGUUUUUCCAGCCCAGGCCACAGCAGGUCGCCUGGAAGUACUGACGCCGAAUCAUCCGGGAUAUCGACGCCUACAUCGGGAUGCGCCGAUGAAUGUUCACUCUGGGGAGGACAUGGGAAUAUGCCGAACGAAGCCGAACAAGAAGAAAGGUGGCAGUGUUACGACUCCACAACUUGGGAAACGGAAGCGGGUAGCGAUGAGGUAAGCACAGGGCUAUCAGAGCAAAGAACGCCAGAAAGGCUGGAAGGUUUCGGUCAUAUUGACGGGUUUUCCGAGCACAGAGAAAAACCGACGCGGAAACCAAAAAGUGAGACCACCAUACACAAGGAGAUUGAAGAAAUUCUUUUGUCUGACCAGUCCGAAAGCGCGGAGGGGAGUUCCCAGAAUAAAAUUGGCUCUGAUCAGCCUGCUAGCCGGAGGAGAUCUACGACCAUCGACGGUACUUCCGGUCCUUCUGACCAGACGAGAUCCACGGUCAGCAAUGAUCCACCACGUCCGUCUGGCCAGGGAAAAUACGUGAAUGUGGACGGCGGUCCCGCGGCUUUCGGCGACGUGAUCGGCUUUUAUGGCGACGGUUCUCCUAUCCUUUUUACCCGUUACACCGCGGCCCACGACGCGGCUCGCGCGAGGAUGGCUCCAAUUACGACUCCAAGGAGAUUUACUAAACAAUACCCCUUUAGUUGGGAUAGGUAA